AUGCACUUCAUCACCAUCCAAGUCUUCGUGGAGUACUGUGUGGCAAAGAGGACUGAUUCUUACAUCCCGAAACCCCAUGACAAGAAACCGUUUGAAGGAGGCUCCCUACGAGGAUCUCGUGACGAGUACGCGUCGAGGUUUCUUGCGCUGCAAUCAGCGAUCAGUAACCAAGACCUGUUCCCCCCCGAGCGAGUUGUUGUAGAGUGCAACCAGGCGUGUGAGGAGUUGCUGAGGGACGGACCCUUCGAUGUAGACUCCGUGAGGCAGCUCGAGUUUGCUGUCAGCAAGGGGAAAGCUGGAGGGGACGCUCAGGAGGGCAGCGAGGCAGGACGGAAAGAGCCUUCAGGCUACCUGCAUGGUGGGAGAGUUAAGAAGGAGGAGGGCGGGAGGAAGCCAAGGAGGACGUCCUGGGGGGCAGGGACUUCAACGACCUUGGGGUCCUUCCUCGACACUGGCAUCCUUCACUCAUCUGCCAACAGGCACUUCCCGCGGCUGGGUGCUUUCGAGGUUUGGCUGAGACCCUGGGAGGGCUGCCCGCUCAUCCUGGUCUCCUCGAAGCUGCUCACCCAGAAGUUCUCGAGGACGCAAGACAUCUUGUCCAGCAUCUGUAUCGCGCUCCGCCGUGCGGUCCAGGGGCUCGAAAUCGGCGCCAACCUCCGAAGCAGCAGGGGGGCGGUGGAAAGACGGAGCAAGGACGUGUUGAAGCCGAAGCCGAAGCCGAAGCAGGCAGAGGGUCAGACAGACAAGGAGGCUGAGCAGGUGAGGAGGUACCAACGCAUCCAUGGCGCCAUGGCGCCUGGCUCGGAUUUCCACCCUAAGUUCCCGCACAUGGCUCGGGUCUUGUCGCCGAGAUUGGAGUACGGGGAUGAAGACGUUGUGCGAGGUCCGACGGAAGAGGCGGCAGACGGAGCCUCUCUAGACAAACACGUGCAGAGCUUCUGUCAGCCCCCGCUGUUCUGCUUCGUGAGGCUCCGUAGAAACGCGCAUGCUGAAGCGGUGAGCGCGAGCCCCAGCAUGCGGGAUGAGGUAGACAGAGGUAUGGAGGAGCUUUCGCGGUCUGUGGGUGCUCAGGUGGUGGUUGUGGAGUACGAAGAGAGCAAGGAAGCGGUUGCUUUCAUCCUCCAAGUCUCCUCAGUGCUCGAGGCCCCAUCGUCUCUGAUCGCACGGCUGCAGCAGGAGGUGUUUGCGCAAGAUCGUGACCUGAGCUCGAGCCCUCUCAAGCUUGUGGGGUGUAGAGUUGCUGAGUUCACGAGAGAUACUCCUCCUCCCAUGUUCAUCACCAUCAACUACACCCGCCAUCAGCCUUUCGGCUCUGCUGUGGCGAGCAAGCUAACGGCCCUCCUGGAGGCCGUGACCAAGACCCCCUGCCCUGCCCUCCAAGUUUGCCAUGAGGAGGAGAGGAGGGUUGGACCUGGGUUGCAGACAUUUGUCCUAAAAGCGUCUCCGUUCCCAGCGCUGUUGCGGGGAAGGAGCAUCGAGCCGUGGAGCGAGGAGGGGACGGCGCUGCCAGGCGCCGAGCUGGACAGCCUAGAGGUAGCAGAGAGGUCGAUGAAGCACCUCAGCAGGCUGAUGGCCAUGUGCUGGGGAGACUCUUCGAUCCCACUGCCUGAUGAUGUACUGGAGCUGCUGAGAAGAACCUACCACGUUUCCUCCUCCUCCGGCCAACCCCAGAGGUCUCCCCCUGGCUUGUUUCCAGCUGUGCUGCUCCGAUGUGUCAGCACAGAGGAGGAUUUCUCAGCUGAGCGGGAGUACCUCUGCCGCCAUGCCAUCCCUGCCCUCCGGAGGGGCCUCGACAGCCUGGGCGUCUCCCUGCAGUUCGAGCUGAUCAACCUGCCAGCUGCGCAGUCGUCGCAGAAACUUGAGGUCAUGGUGGAGAAGGGUAUGGGAGCACUGAGAAGGAUUAUCGACGAGGAUGCGAUGCUGGACUCCAGGGGCCUUGCUGCUGAAAGAAUCCUCCUCCUCCUCCUGGGCAACCGCUCGUCUGUCGCCGUCCCCAUCGCUGGGAAGGGAAUGCGGCAGCUGGUUUCAAGAGGGCUGCUCCCCGACACGCUGCUGGAGUUCUUGCAAGGGAGGAGUGAAGGGGCUGCCGUCCCGCUCGCCAGGUUGAUGAUGGAGUACUCCGACGGGAGGACCGACGUCGUGCGACGAGCUCUUGACAAGCUCCUCGUGUUGACCGACAUCCUCGAAGAUGCUGGGGAUGCAGCGCAUGUGCGGGAUUUGUCACAAUCCUUGAGGUCUUUCUCGGAUGGCAACCCGGAUGUCAGUCUCCAGCAGAUCCUUCAGCUGGAAGAGAGCGUCUGCCGGUUGGCUGAAGAGAGCAGCAGUGCUCGUGGAGGAGGAGGAGGAGGAGGAGGCACUUCGUCUGUCUCUGUACUCGAUCACUUGCUCGGUGCACGAUGCUUGCAGACAAACUUUGGGAAGCUGAGGAAUCGGCUCGAGAGCAUCGUGGUUGUGAUCGGCGCAGGACGAGCGACAAUGGCGCAGUCAGGGCACGGAGAGCAGGCAGAGCUGCUAGAAGAAUGCGCUGACGACGUUAAGUUGCUGCUGAAAAGUUUCGACAGCUGCGACAAAUCGCCCGAUCUCUUUGACAGAGUUCAGACUACAGCCAUGAAGAUUCAUGAGACGACACAGCAGGUUGAAAGUUCGCUCGAUCGCCGAGUUGCCCUACUGUUGGACAACUUGCUGAACGUUGAGGACCUUGUGAACUGCUGUCGGGAGGAGAGAGGUGUUGAGAGAUGCUAUCAGUUGCCUCGCCGACCUCAAGAACAACUUGGGCUGGACGAGCAGUCGCCAUCAGACUUAACGGCACUGAGAUCGUCUCUGAACGAUUCGUUGAGCAGCUAUGAGGACUCUGAGGGAGUUCUGGAGGUGUUUGAUACCUUGAUGGGUGACGUGGCAAGGGAAGGAAAAGACAAGAAUGCACAUGGAGCCCGUCUGACGUCGACCGGAAGCGCUCAGUCUGCUGACGUCAGAAACAUCUGCCAGCAUCUGAUCUCGCUCCACAACCUCCAGCACCUGCAACUCUCCUUCGGGGUCGGGCAGUCCCACUACGAGGCAGCGGCGAUGAGGAGGAAGCAGCAGACUAGAGUGUUCGUAAGGGACGACAACUUCCUUGCUAGCCCGAACAUCCCGGAGUCCGUCAAGAAGAUCUUCGACGACUCGAUGGUGCUGGAGGGAGACAGCGGGAGGGUCGGGAAGUUGUGUCAGUCCGUCAGCAGUCACGGGCAUCUCAGGCAUCAGCUCCUACACAGUCACGGGGGCUGGAGUGAUCGUCUCCGCCUCAAGGUCUAUGACCCUGGCUUCGGCUCCAGCGACGAGUUGGUGACUUCCUUCACCCUCGUGCCCAGCCAGGCUUUCUGCGGAGCAGGAGCAGGAGCAGGAGCAGGAGCAGGAGCAGGAGCAGGAGCAGGAGCAGGAGCAGGAGCAGGAGAAGGGGUAAAGGUCAUACACCAUGGCAGCUUCUCUUGCAGAGUCUUCCUCGGUCAGACUUUGAUCGGCGAAUGGCCGAUGGAAGAGAGCGCGUCCUCUUCGCCCCAGGGCGAUCCAGUGGUGAAGCUCCCAGAGCAUGCGGAGGAGGUCGUGUGGUUGACAGCUCGGGGAGCCGUGGAGGAGGCAGUGGACGUAGCUGUCCACCAUGACGGAAGGGCGCGGGUCACGAUGCUGGACCAGGAGACUGGGAGGAGGCGAUGGCUGGACGCGGAGGACGCGGAGCAAGUCACCGUCGAGCUCAUCGCAAUGCCCGAGUUGGAGAAGAGGCAGGGGAGGGACAAGGGACGAGGAAGGCCGGUGCGCGUCCUGCAGGAGAAGCUUCCCUUGCACUCCUUGAUCGAGAGUGGCCAUGGGAGCAUGUGGCUGAAGAGCUGGAUGGACUUGCAUCCUACCGUCCUCGCUCCGUCUCGGCCCCCGUUGGACGAGGAAGCUCUCGGCCAGCUGCCGCAGGAGCAGCUGGUCGAGCAGUUUCUCAGUCGCUACUCUGCUGACUACGUGCUGCACGCCAACCCUAAGGCCUUCCACACCCUCGAGAUCCGGAAGAGGGUAGGAAGGGACCGCCAGGUCGGCAGCAGCUGGGAGGAGGCCCAGCAGAGCUCCGACAGGCAGUGCAGCAUGGAGGAGUGCUUGUCAAACCUGGAGCUGGUCGGGCUGAUCCCCGACGUCUACUCGCGCGAGUUUGCGGUCAAAGUUUUCAAAACUGUCCGACGAGACUUCCUGGCUGACGCGUCCGAAGUCCUUCUGGACCCGGACGCUCUCUCUCGCUACCUCUCCUCCCUUGCCGCCAACUCCGAUCGCCCUGCUCUCACCGCCGCCGUCCUCCUCUUUGACCAGCUCUUCUCCUCUGCUGCGAAAGAGUUUUCGAAAGCGAAGCUGCCGGCGCCUCCCAGCGGCGUCGAGCUCCUUGUGGGAAACCUGAAGCAAGAGCGGGACAUCCAAUCCUUCGCGCGAGCGCGGGAGGAGCAGAUGAGGGAGAUCGGCGUCUGCCUGCUGGCUGACGUGCAGGAGCAGCUGGUGAGGAAGGGGAUGCUGAUGGCGAGGGAGGAGGUGUUUCCCGACCUGUUCCUGCGCGAGUGGCUGCUCCAUCGGCGCAUGCAGGAGGAGGAGACUGGCAGGCUGCUCCAGCGCUUCCGAGCUCCCUACGUGCCGUCAGCUCUAGACGACCGGGAGGGAGGAAAAGGCGAGUUUGAUCCCCUUGCCAUGUGCCAUCUGAUGUGCUGCAGGACCCUCGGUCGUGACGCUCCUGGAGGGUCUCCUGGAGACAGCUCGGCUCUUCAGCAUGGGAGACUCCUCAUACCGGCACUCUUACGUCAACCUUGUGCUGGGGCAGGCGGGAGCUGGGAAAUCCUCCCUGCUCGCUCAGUUGGCUCGGGAGUUCAAGUCCGCUCCUUUCCAGCUCGGGGUGACGCCGGACGCGCUCCUGCAGCUGGGCCCCUGGCCGGCGGCGAUGCACCCGGGAUGGAGGGGAUGAGAGUUCAGAAGUCAAGGGUUGAUAUCUAUGAUGGGCUUUCCCCCGUUGGCAGCGGAAAGGGAGAGGAAGAGGAGGAGGAGAGGUUGGGGGAGGAGGAGGGACAGGAGGAGAGGAGGGGGGAGGAUGAGGGACAGGAGGAGAGGAGGGGGGAGGAUGAGGGAGGGGAGGAGCGAGGAGUAAGGGGAGGGAUGGACUGGUUGCCGGUAUGUGUGGACUGGCACAGGCAGCAUGGACAGACCUAUAUGACGUAUCUCAAAACUCUCACGGUCGAGCUUUCAGUCCAGGGCCUUGGGAGCUGCAGGGCGUUCGGGGGCAGGCAGCCGUCGGAUGCUCAAGUGUUUGCAAAGUUACUGGGCACGAUGCAGCAGAUCAUUGCGGAGAGGAGGAGGAAGGUUGUGCUGGUGCUCGACGGGUUGAGGUUCAACGAGUGCAUCCACCUGUGCUCAGCCAUCGAGGAGCACAUGCGAUCGCUCAGCAAGGAGGAGAGGGAGGGACUGUGGAGGAGGAUCCUUCUCUUCAUCUCCAGUGACCCUCCUGGUCCCGACGAGCAGCUGAGCUUCCUCUGGGCCGAGAGGUUCUCCACCGAGGACGCAGAUACUGUGGAGGAGGAGCAGACGAGGGGCAGGGUGAGGAGGAACGCACUGAUGCACAUGCCGGAGCAGCUCUUUGUCGAGCAUCUGCAGGAGCAUGUGUACGCGGCUGCUCUGCGGAUUGCGAGGACGGGGAGGAUGCGGAUCGGCGCGAUGCCCCCGCUGCAUGCCGAGGAGAAGAGAGCGAUGCUAACGUCACACCUGCUUGCUAAGAGAUCGUCUCCAACAAGCAUCCUCAACCUCCUCGACCGUGUUGAUGACGUGGAGGGGCUGCAGACUUUCCCGACCCCCCGGGCGAUCGAGUUGUGGACGAGCGUUGCUCAUGAUUCGCUCCUCAACGGCGACGAUCAAGUCAACGAGAUCCUCCAUAGCAGAUGCUAUUCUCUCGACUCUAUCUUUCUUCACGUCAUCGAGACCCUCGAGCGCAAGUUCGGCCUGCUGCUCGUCCAGCUCCUGCUUCUCUACCUUCUGCUCCUGCUCCUGCUCCUGCUCCUGCUCCUGCUCUUCCUCUAA